CUAUUAUUACUAUUUCAGAGAAAAUUCAAGAAUAAAAUGAACGAAGAAUUUAAUCUGGAAGAUUUUGAGUUGAAUGAAGAAAUAGUUUACGUCAAAGAAGAAGUUCCUAAAGAGAACUUUUCUAAUGGACAAUCAGAAAUUGAUUCUAAAAAAGAAAGAAGCAUCUCGAGUGAAAUAAAAAAGGGUCCGAUGAUUGAAACCUCGCCAAGUUCAACAAGACCUAAGAAAAUUGAACUGAGAGAUUAUUCAUGUAAUCAGUGUGAUUUUGUUACAACAUCGUCAAAAAAUUUGAAAAGACAUAGGUGUAGGUUUAGCCAGAAAAGGUUCCCUUGUGAUACUUGUGUGUAUGUUGCAACCAAUGCAGACACUCUACGUAAACAUAUUAAAAGUAAACACGAAGGAGUGAUAUAUUCUUGCAAUACAUGUGAUAAAACAUUUUCCACACCUAGCAGUGUCCAAAGGCACAUGAAUAGCAUUCACAAGAAAGUAAGAUUUAAUUGUGAUCAAUGCGGAAAUUCUUACACCGAAUCUAAAACGUUAAAGAAACACAUUGAAAGUAAGCAUGAAGGUCUGAAAUACUAUUGUGACCAAUGUGUAUUUGUUGCAACUUCAAGAAGUCAACUGAAGUAUCACAUUGAUAGUAUACAUGAAGGUUUGCGUUACUGCUGUGACCAGUGUCAAUUUGUUUCUACUUCAAGAAAUGGCCUAAAGCGUCAUAAUGAUAGUGCACAUAACGGUUUAAAGUAUCCCUGUACUUUAUGUGAUUACACGUCAAAUUCUGCCGGUGGAUUAAAGGUUCAUGUUGAAGUUAAGCAUGUAGGAUUGAGAUAUAAUUGUGAUGAAUGCGAUUAUACUGCCAUUGCUUCACGUUAUUUGAAAACACAUAUUGAAAGUAAACAUAAUGGCGUCUGUUACCCCUGUGAAAGUUGUGAUUAUACUGCAUCAGCGAAAAGCAUAUUAAAGGCUCAUAUAAAGACCAAGCAUUUAUUGGUAAGAUAUUCUUGUGGUGUGUGUGACUUUGCUGCAACGACAGGAAAUAAUCUAAAGGUUCAUAUCAAGACUAUCCACGAAGGAUUUAGAUAUCUGUGUGAUAAAUGUGAUCAUACUGCUACCUCAACAAGUGAUUUAAAGAGACACACUAAAAGUAAACACAAGGUUCUAUCUUAAAAUGAGCCAGAUGUCACGUUUCCUUUUAAAAGAAAAUAAACAGAUCAAGAUAAUUUGUGUUGCUACAAUUUUCUUAAAUUAAAUCCUAUGUGUUCAGUUCAUUUCUUGCUCAUAAAUAUAUUUCUUACAUUCUUACA